UAAUUUCAUAGCUUUUCAUGUCACGGCCCUCUCCAGCUGUCGGGGGCAUUUUCCUCCUUCACCUCCAAGGUGCGCAAAAAGCUCGUCUUCUUCGGAUCCAUCGUUUCUAAUCGCAAAUUGGAAGAGGUUCUUCCGGUUUCUUUUAAUCUUCGCGAUUGAUCCCUUCUCCUUCCCCUUUUGGAUCCCGAGAAAUCCUAGUCCCCCCUUUCACUCCGAGACGCUGAGCCGGAUCUAGGGUUUCUCUCUUCUUGAAAUCGCGAUUUGCAUCGGUUCCGGGCGUGAUUGGCGUCAGAUCUGGAGGUUUGGGGGGAGUUACGACGAUUUGGAAGAAAUUAUUGGUAGAAGAUUGACGCUGGAACCCUAGUAGUUCAAGAGAUUUGCGGUGCUUCUUGACCGAAUUUGUUUUCCGUUGGUGCUGGAUUUCGGAGAUACUGGGGUUUCUUUUUGGAGAUGCGUCCGAGAUCAGGACAGGCGUCUUAUCGGGAUCGGACGCAGGAGUUUCUCACCGUCGUCGAAAGAUUGAAGAAGUCUUUCUCGUCCGCGCCUGAUGCGCCGAGCAGUAGCGCUGGAUCGAAAUGGGAGGGGCAGAAAACCGCGGUCUCCAUUCAAUCGGAAUUCAACAAGAGGGCUUCAAAAAUUGGCCUUGGGAUCCAUCAGACUUCGCAAAAGCUUUCGAAACUUGCAAAGUUGGCAAAGCGAACAUCAGUUUUUGAUGACCCCACCAUAGACAUACAAGAACUGACAGCAGUUAUCAAACAGGAUAUUAGUGCUUUAAAUUCUGCGGUUAUAGACCUGCAACUUCUCUGCAAUUCACAGAAUGAAAGCGGUAAUAUUUCCAGUGACACUACCAAUCAUUCAUCCACGGUGGUUGAUAAUUUGAAGAACCGCUUGAUGAGUGCAACAAAGGAAUUCAAAGAAGUACUGACCAUGCGAACAGAGAAUUUGAAGGUUCAUGAGAAUAGAAGGCAGUUGUUUUCUUCAUCAGCUUCAAAGGAUUCAACCAAUCCUUUCAUCCGACAACGCCCUCUGGUGUCCAGGGGAGCACCUGAUUCAUCUGCACCCCCAGCACCAUGGGCAAAUAGCUCAACAUCUUCUCCAUUAUUUCCCAGAAAGAAGAUGAAUGGGGACCCGUCCUCAUCAACUCAGCCAUUGUUGCAGCAGCAGCAGCAGCAGCAAAUGGUUCCAGUACAGGAUAGUUACAUGCAGAGCAGAGCAGAGGCUCUUCAAAAUGUUGAAUCAACAAUUCAUGAGCUGAGCAACAUAUUUACACAACUAGCUACCAUGGUGUCACAGCAGGGAGAGCUUGCCAUCAGGAUUGAUGAGAACAUGGAUGACACGUUGGCUAAUGUAGAAGGAGCACAAGGGGCACUGCUAAAGUACCUUAACAGCAUAUCGUCCAAUAGGUGGUUGAUGAUCAAGAUAUUCUUUGUGCUGAUGGUUUUUCUUAUGAUUUUCCUAUUUUUUGUUGCAUAAUUCUUAUCGAGACAUUAAGAGCACCAUCUUUUUGUCCGAUAAUUGGCUAUGCAUAGUAUAUAAUUUUUUCCCCCUGCUCACAAGUUAUUGCCGCAUCUUUUCCGCCAAGUGAUUAGCAGCUUUGCCGAAUUUACCAUGGCUUUCGUUGAGCUUGUCCUGUUUCUCCUGAUGAGGUAGUUGAUGCAAGGCCCUGCUCCCUGAGCAGAAAGUGCAUAGGUUCUUCAAGACUUCGAGGCAUGGCGUCAUGAUAACCAGCCCCUAUCGAGGAUGACUAUGUUCAUCUCUGCGUCGUUUGGGAUACAUGUGCUUCACUGUCCUACUGGGUUUGAAUAGUUGCAUGGUUAGAAUGCUACGAUCUUUCUUGUAUUCUAGGCAACUAUAUAUGCUUUUUUGAUAAGAAAGCCUGAAAUUUAUUAUUCUUAAUAUAUCUGCCUUGGUAUCA